AUGGGAUGGAAUGGCAGCACGAAUGUUUCUACAAUUUCUCUUCUAAUACCUCUCUAUUUCUCAACCACCUUUCCUAUAUUUACCCUUUUUCCUCUCAUCAUGUGCUGCAAUUUAGCGGGCGUUCUCGUGUUUCUCCGACAAUUACCGGAUCUCUUCCAUUAUAAGUACCUGACUACAGGGUACAGUCAGAGCAUGAGGGGAAGCAGCGUAGGAGGACGGAAAGCACAAGUAGAUCUGCAUGAUAUGAUACCCAAAACACGGCCAAAAUCCUCCUGCUGA